AUGGCCGUUGAAAAUGAGCUGGGAGCCACAUUGGGGUCUUUGAUAUGGUCUGCGAACACCUCUCGGAUCACCCCUAAGCAAUGGAAGGUCAUGCGUCUGAGUACGCAUUCACUCAGACGCAAAGUAUAG